UUCUCUCUCUCUCUCUCCCCUUUCUUAUUCUGUAGAAGACUCAACAAGGGGAACAGUGUAUAUGAUUGGAUCAUUUCUGACUCACAUUCUAGAUCUAAAUAAUGACAAUGGAACUUUUACUGUAAUAGGUUUAAAUGGCUUACUCUGAACCAAGCAAUGUCACCCUGUUACACUGGAGACGUAAGUAAGACAGCAAGAGAUGGAUAUUGUCCGGAGAGCUGCUGUGGCUGCUGUCACCAACGCCAAAAAAAACCAGCGCAUCAAACUUAACGUCGGAGGCGCAGUCUUCGAGACUUGGACUCAUACCUUGCUUAGGAAGCCCGGCACUAGACUAUCUCGUCUGGCACGAGCCCUGGAAAGUGAUGAAAGCUAUGACUCUGAGAGAGGGGAGUAUUUCUUUGACAGACAUCCAGGAAUCUUCGCCACUGUGAUGCACUAUUACAGGACUGAAGAGCUUCAUACUGAUCAUAAUAUAUGUGGUAACAUCAUCAAAGGGGAGCUAGAGUACUGGGGCCUUACAGAACUGGACAUUGAACCUUGCUGCUGGGGUCAUUACAACCGAUUUAAGGAGAAUAAAGAAACCCUGGCAGCCAUUGAUGACAGCUUUACGUUCCAAAUGGACCCUGAUGCUUUUGGCAACAAACCAACACGGUACACUGAGUUCAAGAAAAGAGUUUGGAUAUUUUUAGAAGAUCCUGCAUCGUCAAAGGGUGCCAAGAUCUACGCUAUAACGUCCAUGUUUUUUGUCAUACUUUCCAUUGGGGUGUUUGUGCUGGAAACUCAUUAUUGGUUUCGAACCCCCCUCGAAGGCAUCAACGUCACGACUUCUUCAUCGUCCCCAGGAUCCUGCUCAACCUCAUUUUCCUCAUCGGACACUUGCUGCUGUCGGAUGAAUGGUAACGACGAUCUCAAGUACUCGGAGUCGGAACCUCACGACGCCAUGACCAUCUUGGACUACAUCAGCGCCGGAUUUUUCACCAUCGAGUACCUCGGUCGCUUUUACUUUGCCCCGCGCAAGUGCCAGUUUCUUCAGCAGCCUCUGAACAUCAUAGACAUCCUCUGCUUGCUUCCACACUUUGUCUCUAUCAUCAUGAAGUCGGUGGACCCGACGGAGAAGAGCUCGCAGGUCAUCAAAACGGUGCUGGCGCUGAGGAUCAUCCGCGUGCUAAGGAUUUUCAAGCUGAUGAAGCACUAUACCGCUUUCAAGAUCCUCGUGUACACCAUCAAGGUCAGCACCAAAGAGUUGCUUCUCAUGGUCAUCUUUCUCUUCACCGGCGUGUUGCUCUUCGCCAGCGUUAUAUUUUACGCAGAAAACAGCACAUUCACUAACAUCCCAAUCGGAUUUUGGUGGGCGUUGGUGACUAUGACAACUGUGGGCUACGGAGAUAAGGUCCCCAGAACGGAGGCCGGGUAUCUCAUCGGCUCAAUGUGCGUGCUGUGCGGGGUGCUCACUGUGGCGUUCACGGUUCCCAUUGUCGUGAAUAACUUUACUCUCUACUAUUCGCAUGCGCAGUCCAGGGUCAGGCUCCCGCCUCCAAAGAAGGAAGAGCUGCAGAAGAAGCUGAUUCUAAAAAAUCAAAAGGCUCAAGAGUUCAUACACAAGCUGACAGAGAAUGUCAAGCGAAGUAAGACUUUCUAUUCCCUCAACACGCCGAGAAACCCCGACGCAAAGGACGACAACCCAUCGAUAGAUUCAGGUCUACCAGAUUGCUCUUCUCCUGUCGGUCAUGGCCACAAGACGCUGCAGUCGACGGAAUCCACUUCCACCAUGUGCUCCAUGCUGUCUGAAAGGCAGAGCGUCGUGGGCAGCCCCAACAGGUACACACUGCACAACGUGGCCUCCAACCUGCAUACCGUGUCCGCCAGUGUUGCUCAACUGGAGCUGGAACUGCCCGGGACACCCGCCGGUGAUCCCGACAGGUUCCGACAUCCAGACACCACACACCUGCUCAACACAAUGGAGGACCACGAAGAGAGGAUGGAGCUGGAGAGGCGAAGACAACAGGACAUGGUGAGUGUGAGGAUCGAACAGAAGAGGCAAAGGCUGACGCCUCGUCCGCCAGGCGGUGGCGGUGGCGCCCAUCACAGUAAUGACACAUCGGACGAUAAGUCCAUGAUGAUAACUAACGAACCGCCGUCCACUGCCCAUGGGGACAACGAUAAAACCUCUGCGCCAAUAAUAUCCAAACAUUCCAGACUGCUUCUCAACAAACUGCGCUCAGAUCAUGGAACUAUCAUAGUCAAGCCAGCGCAGUCGGUCUUAAAUUUCUCAGGUCCAAAGUCAGAAAGAUGAGAUUAUGUUUAUGAUAAUGUUCUGUGGAUCAUGUUAAUAGCCAUAUUCUGUGAGAUUAUGUUAUAUAUAUAUAUAAUGAGCAUACAUUCAACAUUUGUGAAUGAUUUUCUCUUUCAGUUUAUUAUAUAUUUUUAUUGUUAUUUGCCACUUGUGAUAACAGCUAAAAGUUUUUGAAUCAAAUCUCCCGUUGAACCUUCACGAAACAAAUAUGCACAGAUUUUUACAGCCUGCUCAUAAAAGCUUUCAUUUUUUGGAACUGCUCUUUUUUUUUCUUCUACAUUUGAUUGUCCU